CCAAUGUUAUUUUCUCCCCCCAUUAAAACCCCAUCAAAUUUCCUAUAAAAACACCUCUCCUCUUCCCCCAAUUCCCCCUCGCCCCUCCUUCUCUCUAUACCCUAUUAAAUAUCGCCUUUCCUUGUCACUCCACUGCCGGUAGUUUUUUUUUGGCUACAAAACAUAAAGAGGAAGAGGGACAUCAAGAAAAUCCUCUUUCCUCUCUCUAUGCUCAAAGGGUAGAUGUGUUUUGUGCUUUAAAAAUCCAAUCUUUAUCAUUUUCUUUACGAUUUGAGGGAUAAUCUUGGAUACCCAUUUCGUUUUCUUUGCUGUUGGAUGUUGUAUGUGUCUGAAAAAGGGGUAUUUUUUUUAGUGUUCAUUGUUGUUUUCCUCACUGUUUUACUGGUAAAUCUUGAGGAUUCUCAGCAAUCUGGCUGGACUCAUUGGUUUGGGAGCUGGUGAAGGGAGGUUUCUUAGCAAAGAUCUUUGUCCCUUUCCAUCAUCAUGGAAGGGGAAACCUCUUGGGUCAGUCAUUGCCCUGAUUACGUUGCACCAGACAUGGUUGAGUUUGAUUCAUUUUCAGAGCUUAACGAUGAAGAAAAUAGAGAAGCUUCCUCAGUUCCUGUGGAUUUGAUACUGCCGGAUGAUUUAUUGGAACGAAUAUUGGCCUAUCUCCCCAUUGCUAGCAUUUUUAGGGCAAGUUGUGUGUGUAAAAGAUGGUAUGAGAUAGUGAAUUCAACAAGGUUCUUAUGGAACUUCUCUCAGGUGCUGUCUCAAAAACCAUGGUACUUUAUGUUCACAAGCUCAGAGGAGCCAGUUGGUUAUGCCUAUGAUCCUUCCCUUAGAAAAUGGUAUGGUAUUGAACUCCCUUUCAUUCAGACAUCCAAUUGGUUCAUUGCUUCUUCAUGUGGAUUAGUUUGCGUCAUGGACAAUGACAGUAGAAGCGAGCUAUAUGUUUGUAACCCAAUAACCAAAUGCUGCAAGAACCUUCAGGAGCCUCCUGGUCUCAAGUUUUCUGAUUACAGUGCGUUGGCAAUCUGUGUAAACAUGAAAACUUGUUGUUACAGUGUCGCCAUUGUUAAAUCUAAGCAAGUACCAGGUAACUUCUAUCAAUGGGAUCUCUCAAUCCACAUAUACGAUUCUGGAACAAUGAUGUGGUUGACCCCUUUGACUGAGGUUCUAACUGGUUGGAGAGGUGGGGAUGAGAGUGUCAUUUGUGAUGGUGUUUUGUACUUCUUGAUCUACGCAACUGGAGGUGGUGGUCCAGAAAGUCGUCACGGUCUAAUCACUUACAACCUCUCAAGCAGAUCAUCCCAUUGUUCGUUAAUAAAGACCUUCAUUCCUGUGCCAUGUUCUCUAACGUGUGGUCGAUUAAUGAACCUCAAGGAGAAGUUAGUAAUGGUGGGAGGGAUUGGGAAACCAGAUCGUCCUGACAUAAUUAAGGGGAUUGGCAUAUGGGUACUUAAGGGGAGGGAAUGGCAAGAAAUUGCCCGCAUGCCACAUAAGUAUUUUCAAGGUUUUGGGGAAUUUGAUGAUGUUUUUGCCAGCAGUGGCACAGAUGAUCUCAUAUACAUCCAGAGUUAUGGAGCUCCUGCCCUCCUUGUUUAUGAUGUGAACCAGAAACAGUGGAGGUGGUCACAGAAAUGUCCUGUGACAAAGAGGUUUCCCCUUCAGCUCUUUACUGGUUUCUGCUUUGAGCCAAGGCUUGAAAUGUCUCCCUGAGACUCUCUGCACUUCCAUUGAUGUGAUUGAGGCACCUUAGAAUCCUAUCUACAUUUCCUUUCAUGUCUUUUGAGUUUGUACUCCUUUUGUUGUUCUUUUCUUCCUAUCUCCUCUCAAUGCAAAGAUUUCUGUGUUCUUGAAAGGUUUAUACAAACAUGUACCAGCCAAUGAGGCUGCUAAUUUAUGAAAUGAGAAUAUUAUUAAAAUUUUUUGGGCAGUCUUGAGGCACACUCAUUUCAGCUUCCAAAGGUUAUUGCUAUCUAUGUUUAUGUUGCUCGGACUUUUCG